GAUGGCCGUUACAACGGUGUACAACUAGUUUUUCACGGUGUUUCGUGCGGUUCUCGCGCGAUCACCGCGAAUCGCCACCCCAUCACAAAUCUACACUCACCAGAUCGAUCCGCAAUAAUAAAAAAAAACUACAAGAGGACAUAUCCCAACAGUAAUGAUAAACCAGAGCCUGUAAAUAAUAAAAACCGGUGUCUUGGUCGUCGAUGUGAGUGAUCAGAGGGAUACACCAGUGGAUAUAAUCGGGAAGACCGACCGACGACGUCAGUAAAAAUAAAAUGUCAUUAUAUUUGGAUCGACGAUUGCGUGGGGAAGAAAGUCGGCAUCCCAAUCAUCCGGGCAAGUUGGUGCUGAGGAAUGUAGGUGACGAGAGUACUGAUCAUAAUAACAACAUUACAAUGACCAGCGAGGAUUUGUUGCAACCCGGCCAUGUGGUCAAGGAGAGGUGGAAAGUUAUGAGGAAAAUCGGUGGUGGUGGCUUUGGAGAGAUCUACGAGGGUCUGGACCUGCUGACGAAGGAGCAGGUGGCCCUCAAAGUCGAAUCCGCCAGGCAGCCGAAGCAAGUCCUCAAGAUGGAAGUUGCCGUCCUCAAAAAACUUCAGGGUAAAGAUCACGUCUGCAGAUUCAUAGGCUGUGGUCGGAAUGACAGAUUCAAUUACGUAGUGAUGCAGCUCCAGGGUAAAAAUCUCGCAGAGCUUCGACGUGCCCAGCCCCGCGGUGCAUUCUCCCUCUCCACAACACUUCGUCUCGGUCUCCAGAUUCUCAAAGCAAUAGAGAGUAUCCACCAAGUGGGCUUCCUCCACCGAGACAUUAAACCCUCGAAUUUUUCAAUUGGUCGUCAUCCGCACAACUGUCGAGUAGUCUACAUGCUGGAUUUUGGCCUUGCCCGUCAGUUUACCACAGGCACUGGAGAAGUCAGACCAGCACGUGCAGCAGCAGGCUUUCGUGGAACAGUGCGUUAUGCCUCAGUGAAUGCCCACAGGAACAAAGAGAUGGGAAGGCACGACGAUCUGUGGUCGCUAUUCUACAUGCUAGUAGAGUUUGUCAAUGGGCAAUUGCCCUGGAGAAAAAUAAAGGACAAGGAGCAGGUGGGAAUACUCAAGGAGAAAUACGAUCACAGACUUCUGCUGAAGCACUUGCCCUCAGACCUGCGCCUCUUCCUGGAGCACAUCCAGAAUCUCCAGUACGCUGACAAGCCUGACUACGCGAUGCUGGCAGGUCUCUUCGAGAGGUGCAUGAAACGUCGGGGUGUGAAGUUGAAUGAUCCCUACGACUGGGAGAGAACGUCAGUGGCAAAUGAGGGGCUCCCCACAACUCGAUCCCUACCUACCGUUACAGCUCCACCAGCACUCACAACAGCCACAACCAUCAACCAACCACCAACGACACCAAAUGUCGAUACCAAUAAUCAGGAGAAUGUCGAGCCGGAUAACAGAAAGGAAGCCAAGAUAGAUAUCGAGAGUCUGUGCAGAUUACUCCUGGGGAAUGAUGGCUCACCAGUGCCAUUUACCUCAGCCAUAAGCAAUCAUGGUCGUGACAAGAAUUGCAAUGCUACCAUACAGAUAACUGAUAACACUCAUCAGCAAGCUGGACAGGUGGCUGCAACGCCACCAGCUCAGAGCUCACCCAAGAAACGCAGAGCUGUGUCGAUGGCUGUGGAGCCACAGUCACCAGUACCACCAGUUGAGAAACAAGUGGAUCACGAGGGUGAUGCCCUCAUGGCAUCUGCAAGAUCAACUUCUGAAGUGGCGAGAUCAAAAACCGUGGCAAAUGCUGCCACACCACUGAGAAAAUCCGCAAGUGGCGCGACAUUUGCGAGAUUAAGAGUAGUUCCAACACACGAGACCAACUCUGGGGAGCCACCCAGCCCCAGGAUACAGACUGAGGUCGAUGCAUCUUACUGUUCGUAUGACGUUACGAAUACUAAACAGGGAAAUCAGAGUCCUGUUACUGAGCAACGAGAGCCACUCAGGAGGGAGCCCAGGAGGCGAACUGAUCAGAGGGCUCAGCCCAGAGCUGGACGAUCAACUGUCAGGGACUGCUCUAUCACGCAAUUCGCUCAGAUUGACGAUGACAAUGUAUCGGCUCUACAGCAAGUCACCAGGGGAGGAGGAGGACUCACACUUGCCUCGCAGUGGAAGUCACAGUUUGAUGACUCAGAGGAGACUGAUAAUGAGUGGAAGGGGGAGAAUCUCCAGAGCCCGGAGCACAAGGGGACUCCACCAUCCAUCGUUCCUCAGUCCACAGUUGAUAAUGAGACGGUGGCCACUGGUCGCUCCAUCACUGGCACCCACGAAGCUAGAUCCCCUGUGGGUCAGGCAUUAUCUAUAACAGGGAAUAUCUCUCAGCAGGCAGCACUCAGUACGAUACAGACGGUAUUGUCCAGAAUAAGUGAGGAUUCACCCCGACCAGGGGCACCCAGGAGAUGUCUCAAUAUCACUGGCAUCGAGAAGUAUCCGGAUCUCCAGGGCGCACUGCCACGUGCAUGGAGCGUACCGGCGCUGGCGCCACAUGUACGAGCUCAUCUUGAAGCACCCUUGGUACAACAAGCUGCGUUCGACGAUCUCUUGUACGAAGUCGAUGUGAUGUGGAACGUGGCAAUGCGACACGACGAGCCCAAAGAGAGUGCAGUAACGAGAAGAGCCAGUGUUCCAGCAGUGGCAUUCACAUCGUCAUUUACGAUGAAUGGUGAGGAAGAGGAAGAGGCUGUUGCUGGACGACUUGAGAUACGAGUUGUCGACUCAACUGCUGGUGCUACUGUCGUCCAAACGACUGCCGACAAGGAACCUAUUCAUAAAAAAUUGACGAAUGGUACGACAGUGAGUCCAGCCAGUCCCAAUCCCGCCCCCGAGGAGUCAUCGAUAUAUUACGAUGCAACAGAGAGUCGUGUAAACACGAGCAAUACAUCCGUUAAUAAAGCCGUGACAAAUUCCACACCAUUGACGACGAAUAAUACUGUUCUUCGUGAAUCAAAAGACAAUAAAGAACGUGAUAGUGGUAGACCUCACAGUGUCCAUAGUAAAAUACCAGUACCAGUUAAAAGUCCGCGGUGCUCACUAUCUGAGUCUACGCCAGAUCAAAAUACACCCAACACUGGAAAAACUGCCAGUGAACUUGACAAGUCCGGGGGAUCCUCGACUCAGUCCAAGGAAAAGGAUUCUGCUGUGAAGGGAAAGCCCUUGUCAGUCCACUCGGAGGCACCAGCCCUCCGGAGAUGCGCUACAUUGCCAGAUGCAAGACCCAGUCCUCCGUUGUUAACGUCCACAAGCUCCACCGAGGAUGAGAAUCUUACGGGCUGUACACCGGCCCUACGCAGACGUAGACAGAGUGAGAAGUACGUGACUGAUGCGAGUCAGCUCAAUUUGAGAUUCCAAAGACCCCAGCGCAGGGCCAGACCGAAUUCCGAGGUUCUACCGAGGUUUUAUCCACGUGGUGUACCCUCAUAUCUCCUUGAUACAGGUAAAAGAAAUGAUGAGAGCAGUGAUAAUGACUCGGACAGCAGUGGAGCACCUAUUUCUCAACCACCACUUCCACCGUCGUCGUUACCACCUCAUGUGGCUGAGAACAAUGCUAGGUGCAGACGAUUCAGACCAGUCCCAGAGACAGCAAUCAGCAGAGAGUCGUGAGACUUGCUGAGAAAAAUGACAAAUGGUAUUGAUUGACAUCACAAUCAGCAGAGUUCUACCACAGCCGAAUAGGAAUGUGAUAACCUAUUGGAUAAAAAAUUAAGUAAUUAGAAGUUUUUUCUAGUAACUGACUCAGUCAUGACAGAUAUUCUAUCCGGCUGAUAUGAAUUUCCAUCCCCAAUAUUGAUUGAGGAUAAAUGAGAUGGUACUUAUGUACUUAUCGAGGCCCUGCGGUGUGAUUUGCUCCGAGGAUUAUACAUUUUUGCAGAAUGUUUUUAUUUUUAAAUCGAUUGAAAGACCAAGUGAGGGGGACUCAAACGAUAAUGCUUGUGAGGGAGAGAUGGCAUUUUUUAAAAAAAUGCUUAUGUGAAUCUACGAAAAGCUCACAUACUUUUUUUUGUUCGUGAUGGAUAUUUACGUGGGGAGGGGUUGUUUUGAGGUUUUAUUAGUUUAUUGCAGCAAUUGCAAUACCGUCUCAGUCAUUCUAGCUAUUUUAUGGAUCUCUAACAAAUGAGGAAUAAUGUGUACAAAAAAAAACGAAAAAGAAAUGCAAAAAAAUUAGUAAAUUAUGUACGAUUCUCAUUUUUAAAUGCUUUAUCGGAUUAUUGAUUGAUACUCGUGUUAAUUGGUAUCGAUGACGAGUACAAUAGUGAAUGUAUGACACUUGACCUUGUCUAUGCACUGAAAAUUCCAUAUGCAGGUGGAAUACACCCAUAACUGCAAGAGAGUCUCGUGAUUUAACGAAUAAUUAACGAAUCUACCAGUUCCAUCGUUUUAUUUUAUCCUGCAGACGUAACAAUAGGUGAUAAUUCCAAUCAGCAAAUUAAUGUCUCUUGUAGUUAUGAUUUGCCUGCGGCUAUUCGAUCUUAAUGAAAAUGAUAAACGAAAAAUAAGACGAGGCAGUGUUCUCCUUGUUAGAUUAUAUUAAUAGAAAAUAAUGGGGGAUUUGGGCGAGUGUGCUAGUCUCGAUCAAUUCAAUUUAUUAAUUUCAACAGAAUGCAACAAUUUUUUUUAAUGAACGUUUCAACCUUGAGGAAAUUCUCUAGACGUAAUGAAAGAAAAUUGAUAAACAGCUAGAAUUCCUCUGAAUAGUUGUUAAUACCAUGAGAUAACUGUAAAUGUUUGUUUUUUUUUCAAUCAGAAGAGUUACUUUUUAUUAUUUUGUUUUUAUUCAUGUAUUGGCAAGCAUUAAUUGCAUAGCGGCUCGACCGCUGAGACAAUUUAGGAGACAAAAACCAAAAUUAUUCACGAGGGGGAAAAAAAAAGUUAAGUCAAGUUAUUCUAAUAAUCCUAGUCAUUUAAGAUCAGUACAAUAAUUGUUCUUGUGCAAUUCAAUAAGGGAAUAGCGUCGUAAUGCUUCGUACGAGGAAAAAUCAUGAACUAGAGGUGAAAAAUUUUUAUAAGUAAUACAAGAGUCGUUUUGUCGUUGAGCGCAACGUCGAGGGGUUCAUUAGGGGAAACAUAUACCAAAA